UUAGCGUUGGGAAGUGUCGUGUUGUGUGUACGUGAUCAUGGAUAGCAUUCGGAGAGCCUACGAUAUAGUGUUUUAUGAGAGAGCAGAUCAAAGAGUCAAAGAUUGGGCUCUGAUGACAUCUCCGAAACCUUUGGCUGCAAUCAUAGCCACAUAUCUGAUCACCAUCAAGCUGAUUCUACCUACCUACAUGAGGAACAGGAGACCAUAUGAACUUAGGAGUCUCAUCAAGUGGUACAAUGUGGUGCAGAUAGUUUCCAAUGCUGUGGUCACUUGGGGGAUUAUGACGUCAGGAUGGACCACCACAUACCACUUCGGCUGCAUGUUACCAGACUACUCCAUGAACCCUGAAGCUUUAAGAAUGCUCCGAUUCCUCUGGUGGACGAUUAUGUUGAAGCUCCUGGAAUUAUUUGAGACUGCUUUCUUUAUAUUAAGAAAGAAGGAUCGGCAAGCUUCCUUUCUCCACGUCUACCAUCAUGUCAGCACCUUGAUCAUCGUGUGGUCUGCUUUGAAAUAUGUUGGAGGAGGCAUAACUUCAUUCUCGCCGAUGAUAAACAACGCUGUACACGUUAUCAUGUAUAGCUACUACCUCCUGUCUGCCGAGGGAAGCCCCAAAAUGAAGGCAAUACUUGUCAAGUAUAAGAAAUGGCUGACUAUUAUGCAAAUGAUCCAGUUCACAUUCAUGCUGGUGUACUCGGCACAAGUGUUCCUGCCAAGCUGCCCUGCACCGUUAGGCAUAACAAUAUUGUACUUUCCAAAUGUCAUAUUUGUAUACUACAUGUUUUACGACUUCUUCAGGCAAAACUAUUUGCUAACCAAAGAGAGAAAAGUGCUGAAUCAUUCUAAAAACGGUGUUAAAAAAGAUAUUUAAUUUUUUAAAUAUUUGUUUAAAAAUUUAUAGGUAUUUACGUAAAAUUUGAUUUUAUAUCUAUCCAUGAGAGUAUAAGAAAUGUAUAAAAAUGGAAUAGGUACCCGUGAUCUGCUGGAAAGCUGAUGUUUAUUUAUUGUGUAUCAUAUUACUUGAAGGAUUUAUUUGUAGUUCCAUUUGGUAGAUGAUGCUCCUAUAGCUGUUGAAGAUAGCUAGCACUGUAUAUAAAGUCAAUAAAGAGAUAAAUAAUUAAUUGUUCAAUCUCCAUUAACUCCCUUAUACACCUUAUUACCAAUGUUUAGAGACUAGUUUUGUAUGAACCAAUUUUGGUUGAAAUAUAUUGACAUAUUAACAUUGUACAAUUCUACUAUCCACUUGUUAGAACAGUAAGCAAUUUGCCUAGUAAUAACUAAUAAGAAAUAAAUUCUGAAUAGGUAUUAUUUUUCAAUUUAAAAAAAAACAUUGUCCGGAUACUAGUGCAUUUUAGAAAUAUUCCAAUCAUGUUUGUAUAGUACUGUUUUGAAUGUAUCAUAAUAAAUACAAAGAAUAAUCUGACUCAGUUAGCUAGAUAUAAAGUAGUUAUGAAAGUUGAAAUGUUUAUUUUCAGUUAGACUGAAACAAUAAUUUAUUUUUAAGUAAAUGGCAAUUAGAAACUUUAAAUUAGAAUGUGUAGUUUUUAAAUGAAAUAGUUGUCCAAAUUAGAUCAAAUUAACUAUAGGUAGGAUAUAGCUAUCAAACAAAAGUAAACUUAUCUUAACUAUUUAACCUCAAUUACUAUGAUAUAAUAAAUAAUUUUCUACAAAUCAUCAUGAAGGAAAUUUUGAUUUGGCUGUAUAGCUGUCGGCCUUUGCCUCACCUUGGCAUCUAUGGUACACAUAAACAACAAACACUUAGCCUUGACAUUGACACCAAAGAGUUUUUACACUUAAAAACUAUUCUUUAAUUUUAUUAAAUUCUAUUGCUAGUUUAUUCGGUCACGGCAUUGAUUAUACUCCGAAUUCAGUGUAUUUUCAUACGUUCUAAGACUUUGCUCAUUGUUUAUUCAAAAGAAAGAUAUUAAAUAAAAUAAUCUAACUAAGUUAACUUGAGAUAAAGUAUGUAGGUGAGUGAUAUUUCUAAAAAUUUGAACUUGUUCCUAAAAUUCCAAGUAUAAAAUAUAGUUUAAAACAUUUAUUUGAUAUUACGGUUAGAAUGAAACGU